AUGCCGACGCUCAACGACCCCGUCGAGAUGGACGGCGGCGAAGACUGGAACGACUGGGUCGAUGACAACUCAUCUGUCAGCUACAACUGCGUGCUUUGUGCUAGCAAGUUCCGGGCGGAGGCGCCGCUGCACGCACAUCUCCAGGAGGCGCACGACUUCUCUCUGCACGAGCAGAUCCUGGCACACAAGCUGGACACGUACGGCACGAUCCAACUCAUCAACUUCAUCCGUUGGAAUACCCUGGACGGAGUGGAAGCGGAUCAGGUCAAGCAGACACUGGCUACGGAAGGCCGUGCUGCGUUCGAGAAAGAAGAGUACCUCAAGCCUGUGGUGGCGGACGAUCCGCUGCUCUACUGUCUCGACUGCGCAGACAGCGAUUGCAGCGACGAUGACGACGUCAACGACAGUGGAGAAGGCAGCAAAAAGAUGGAAGUGGAGACGUCUCCUGCUCGAGGCGACGACAGCGACCUGGUUGCCAAGCUGCAACGGGAGAAUCAAGAGCUCAAGCAGCAACUGGCCAGGUUUUCAAAGCUUGUGCGGGACUUUGUCGUUGAUGGCGAAGAUGAUGCGCCCAUUGAAGACGCCGCAAACAACGACACGUACUACUUUGACUCGUACUCGAAAGUGGAUAUUCAUCGCGAGAUGAUCACGGACAGGGUCCGCACAGAUGGCUACCGGAACGCUAUCCUCAACAACCCGGAGAUAUUUAAAGACAAGGUAGUGCUAGAUGUCGGCUGUGGCACAGGUAUCCUGAGCAUGUUUGCUGCUCAAGCUGGUGCUGCGAAAGUGAUUGGCAUCGAUUGCAGCGAAAUGGGCAACGUGGCGCGCGAGAUUGUAGCGGCCAAUGGAUUCAGCGACGUUAUCACGAUUCUUCGUGGCAAAGUCGAAGACAUGGAUCUGCCUGUCGACAAGGUGGACAUCAUUGUCUCUGAGUGGAUGGGCUACUGCCUUCUAUACGAAGCAAUGCUGGACACGGUGCUCUUCGCGCGAGACAAGUGGCUCGCCCCGGGUGGUCACAUGUUUCCUGACAAGUGUUCAUUGUUGAUUCAGGGUAUGGAAGAUUCAUCCCAGCGCCUUGCUUUCUGGGACGACGUAUACGGGUUCAACAUGCAGCCCGUCAAGUCCAACAUCUCAAUCCGAGACGCGUUUGUAGAAGAUGUUCAGCAGAGUGACAUCAUCACGAGUCGCGAGCUGCUGCAGGAGAUUGACAUUGAUCACGUCACAUACGAUGGGCUCGACUUCCACUCAACCUUCACACUGUCCGUCACGAGGGAUGCGACCAUGCACGGGUUCGUGUCCAGCUUUGACGUUGGCUUUGAGCGCGAUCUCCCGCGCCCUGAGUACUUCACAACGGGAUGCGAAGGUGCUCCAACGCACUGGCACCAGGUCUUCUUCCAUAUCUCGAAACCUUUUACCGUGAAGAAGGGUGACCGAAUCGACGGUAAAUGGUGGGUGCGGCGGAACGCCGAGAACCCACGCUUCCUUGACGUCGAGAUUGAGUGGAAGGAAGCGAUUGAGGAAGCGUUUCUUGUCCAGCGUUAUCGUAUUCGCUAG